GAUUGACAAUGACUGAUGACAAUACACCUACACAGCACCUACCUAAGGUGUAUUUUAAUUUAGUCUAAUUUUAUUAAUAAUUUUUUCUCCUUAUGCACGCCGUCUUUCUACCAUAUUUAUAGUUUCGAAGAGAUACAAUAAUUUCCAUCAUUAAUUGAGUAGAUUUAUCUAAUCAAUUGUAAAUUAAUGAUGGAUAAUUGUAAUACAACUCCAAAUGAAAAUGGGAAAGUAUCUUACGAUCCCGGUUGGAAUGAUCCCCCAAAAUUUUCAUAUAACACCCAACAGACUACCCCAAAUAGGCCUCGCAACUUCCUGAAUAAGAGGGUUGCUUUUCCUUUAUCUAGUACAGGCACGAGUCUUGCUCCACCUCCCCCAGUUAAUCUGCCACCGAUACCUGCAGGCUUCUCACCUGCACCCUUACAUGUCUUUUCUACACCUGAACCUGAUCAAGAUAUAAAUGUUGAUAGUGAAAGUGCCCUAAUAGAGGUAAAAGAAACACUAUUAACAUUAUUAGAUAAUAAUAGUGAGUUGGAAAAUAAAGCAAAUGACAUUAGAAGAAGAAUAAGUAUUAUGGAAGAUAUGUGGAGUAGUGGGAAAUUAAAUAAAAGUAUACAUUUACAUAUGAAAAAUUUAACAUAUGCUCUUAAAAAUAAUGAACCACAAAAGGCAGAUGACAUACAUCGGGCUCUCAUGGUGGACCAUGUGAGCGCAGUCAGCAGCUGGAUGCCAGGUGUUAAACAAUUGAUCCACAACAGUAUAGCUCGCUGUGAACUAUUGGCAAUAGACAAGGAAUAACACACUCAACUCAGUGAUUCUGUAUUACUGUUCUGUUACUAACCUUUCUUAUUUAGUCACCAUUUAAAAGACUACAUAUUUAUAAAUCAUGUGUUCUUAAAGUUAUGAAACAGGCUUCCUCAACUAAAGUUUUAUUAACAUUGGGCCCUUGUGUUACCACACAAAUAAAAAUCCUGUUUUAUGAUUCUCUUAUAAGGUCAAAAAGAUUGUAUUUUAAUAAUAUUUUUUCAAAAUACUAUGUCAUAUUCAAACAUUUGUUUGUAACACUUGUGUUACUGUUGUAUGUUUGGUAUAAAAUAAAAUAUUUACUUAUAAACAUCAAUUUCUUUAUAAUAUGUACAUAAAGAUAUUGUAAUUUUUGUCAUACAUUUGUAGCAAAUCAAUAUUAUUUAUACUACAUAAAAUUUAUUAUCCAUAGCAUGUUUAUUAUUAUAAUAAAUAACUGCAUUGGUUAAAUAAACAACAUAACUGCAGUAUUUAAAGGAAUGAAGAACCAUCUCAAUUUUAUUUAAUAAUGUCUCAAAACCUAGUAUGUAUUUAUGCUUUUAUGUGUGCAAUGAAUUAAAUAAGUAUUAAUUUUAAGGAAAAUAUGUGAUUCUUAUGUAAUGUUAUAUGAAGCUUGUAUAUAAUAUGCAAAGGUAAAUAAAAGUUAUGUGAUAUUACUGUACAA